AUUCAACGAGAGGAUUGGUACGCACAUUCUUUUGACAGAGCGGACGUGAUGCAGUUAAUGUCAAUCAUUUGAUUAUUUCGUCAGAAGAAAAGUUUUUUUUCUCUCUUAUUCAACAAAAUGGUGAAAAACGUUACUUAAACAAACGCGUAUCGUCUUUUUUGUCAAAGAAUAACUUUUAAUAAAUUUCUUGAUGUUGUGAAAUUGUGGAGUUUAAGACUAAGACACUGUCGUCUGAUUCCCUUGAAUCUGGUUAUAAAUUGUCGAAGUUUUUAUUCGUUGGCGCGGAACGCCAAUCAGCGCAAACUAUCCCUCACUCCCGCGAGACAAGCACCUUGAUGUUCCGCCACUUUUUCAAUUUAUUGGAUUUUUCAUUCUACAGCUCCUAAAAAAAAGCAUCGUUCGUUAUCCGUGUACCCAAUGCGUCUGAGUAAACAACUGCCCCUUGGAACAAACUUCGAGUGAGUUGAAGGAGAUCGAUUGUUUCCGAAUCGCGAAUCCAACAUCUUCUUUACUACUCGAGCUUGAAGCAGGCCAACGUGCGGUCCUUUGUCGCCCAAUCAUCCAAGAGUCUGGGGCGACUGAAUCCUUUUCCCAAAUGCUUAUCCUCGAAAACUUCUAUCUGGGUGCUUGUUUCUUCUGUGCUAUGGAAGCAACGGAUUUGCUAUGGAUUUCGAUCACAGUCAACUUUUCUUCGGCCCUUUUCUUUCUCACUCGAUCGCUCCUCGGUCGCUUAGCGGCCAGAUGGCGGGAGGCUAUCGACGACAAGUCAGUCUGGCGAUCAGUGGUGGAUAAGCAUGAAGACGAGCCGUGGAGGUUUCCCAGAUUUGUCAUUGACGUAAUUCAGAGCGCCGUAAUGACUAUUGCAGGGUUCGCCAUCCUGUGUGUCGAUGACGUCAUUCACCAGCCCUUUCGUGGAACAUUCAGUAGCAUCGCUAAAACAGGUUUCUCAAUUGCCAUCGGCUGUUACAUCUACCGAAUCUUUCAAGACUCCGUACUGCACAAGAAGGUGAAACAUUUCAAGGUGGAUUUGGUUCACCAUCUCGUCACCAUUGCAGUGUAUGGCGUGUUUUUGACGUACCGCGAGAACGCCCUCUUCGGGGCGAUCGGUUUGAUAUGUGCCGGAAGUGUACCAAGCGUAGAGAUCACCAGGUUGCUUAAGGUGGUGGCUGAGUCCAGUGGGAAGCCCACAUCAGUGAUGAGUUCUUAUCGAUGGAACCUACUCAUCGGGGCCGUGAUUACAUUCAUCGUUCGACUUCUUAUCCCAUUGAUACUCGGAACUUUCGCCAUUGUUACGUCUUCGCCCUUGACAAUGUCCAUACCAGUUGUUGCUUUUUUCUUCACGUCUUUGAUGUUUUUCGGAUCAAUUAACAUCUGGUUGUGUGCAGUGGCCAUCCUGGCUAUCCAUCGACGCAAAAGGCGAUAUCUGAAGGAUAUUUACGUGACUGCUUUAGAUGGACAAAGCAGAAAAACAUUUCCCACCUCACACUCACAACAGCCCACAAUUCUUGCCAAACAAAAUCCCAUAAAAUCGAGGCUCACGACACCUUGUGCCAACGUGAAUCUCACUCCUUCCAGUCAAACUCCAACGAAAAUGUCCAAUAAUCAUGCUUUACCAAAUAACUACGUCAAGAUGCCUGUGAAUGAGGCCCUGGUCUUACCUUUCAGGGACAGUUUCAGAUAUCAUAGGGGUAGUUCUUCAGAAGAGUCGAGUCGAUCCGGGAGCAACAGAAGCUCAGGGGAGCUGAUGGUCAUACAGGUCGGGGAAGAGGGUGAUGAGAACCGACAAAGAGCCGUCCGAUUUGUUGUACCAAGGUCACCAUCUGGUCUAAGUUCAUCAUCACUCAUUAACACUACCAAUGCUACUCAUGACAGUGAGGGGUCCCCACAAACCACGACACAGAGAGCUGACCAAGCACCUAGUGUGACGCCCUCUACGACAGAUGUGUACCUGACACGCACCACUUCCACAAUGGUGUCAUCGACGAUUGUUCCAACAGCACAGACACGGCUACUUCCCACACAAACACCGUCGUCACCAUUGAUCCGCAGUAAUUCAAUACAAAUUCCAGUUUCGACAGUGUGUGCAGAUACAGAACUUCAACGGAAGGAAAGAACGCCGAUUUCCACAUCAUCAUCAUCGUCAUCCACCCGACGAUCACUAUUGAGCCGUCCCACCCUUGGCGUGGAGAAUGAAGCAACUUUCGCUUUGUCAGGUUCACGGUCAUCUUCAAGACCAAGCCAUGAAGCUGUCAACAAUGAGACUCUGAACUCUACGCUGUCGAUGCAGCGAGGAUCCCAGAGCCUGAACUCGAUGAACACUCUAAACCGACCAAACAAUGUGUUAUCAAUACCUAGCAAUGGACAUUAAUCAUGGAACAUUGAUAUUUUCAUCAUGAGACAUAUUUAUAUGAAUAUUUAUUACUUCUUGCCCAUUCCCAUAUACAAACUAAUAACUAUCUAUUGUCGAUAGCAAUCUGUAUAUUUCUUCAGCGUAUCAUCCAUGAUUAUUCGUACCUCUUAUUCAAGUAUGAGGUACAAGUGGACCAUUAUGGUCUAGUUCUGCACUACUUUGACAAAAAUAAGCAAGUAACGAAUAAUAAAUGACAGACACACUUUGCCCUUCAACUGGAAAAAACACGUUUGUUCCUUGCUUCACUUUGCCAAAUAUGUUUGAAUUCAUUUUGAAUAGGGCUGUAAUCGAUUGAGAUCAUCGAAAUUGUAGAAUUAAUUUCAAAUCAUUACGCUCAAUUCUUCUUCAUAGAACGAUAUGCACAGUUUCCAUGGACUGAUGGAUAAGGGAGUAUUAUUGACGCAAUAUUGCGUCAAUGACCAACACACCCUUAAUUUGACAUACAAUGAAAAAAAGGUCGCACAAAUCACAUAAUUUCCAUUAUCAUGUAUAAUUUUGUGCUUGUCCAUAAUUAUGUUCAAUGUAAAUGAUGUAUAAAAUAUUAUGUAUGAGAGUUAAGUUUAUAUAUUCCCAAACGGAACUUAAUGUUCUGUAAACUCAAAUCAAUAUUUUUUUAAUAUGAUAUAAUAAACAAAUAUAAUUUUAUUAAAUCCCUAUAUGAUAUAGAGUGAACGAGGCCUAGUAUGAGUUCAUUGGUCUUGUUGUAUAAAUUUGAUUUCCACACAUUUAUGUGACGUAAAAGGCAAUACAAUGGGUGUAAAUUUCACACGUCACCUCUCAUAAUCACUCCGUUUAUUGCGUCAUGCAUCUUCACUCAAAAUCUUGAAAAAUGGGUUUGUUAAUUUGAGCGAAAUUCGUCAUGAAAAUCAUAUCUUUCAAUUUAUUGUAUAAAUAACAUAGAUGCAUAAAUAAUAUAUGAAUCGUGAUGACGUAAGUGAAUGUCGUCAGAGGCGUCGAUCCUGGGGGGGGGGCGAUCGCCCCACCAAUGAAAAUAUUGGGGGGCAAACAUCGUUUUGCCCCCCCCCCUUUAAUUCCGGAUGUGCAAAAAUAAAAUAAGAUUGUAAUGUUACACAGAUAUCGGCAAGCGAGAUUGAGAUACACAACUCGUUCCUUAUUUAAAAUCGUGCUCAAAAUGUCCGUUUUUCAAAGUGGAAUGUAAAAAUUUUCAGCUCGCGCUCGCAUCAUUUUCUUUAGGAAAAACACAUACUUUUCAUGAUUAAAUAGGUAAAUAGAAUGUCCCGAUUUCAGGUCUAAACCUCAAAAGAACUCCCGCUUUGAUUUGCAAUAAUCUUUUGUUGGAUAUGUAUAUUGUUCUUUCAUAAAAACGACCAUUAAACUGUCAUGUUUUCAGAUCGAGCGCUUUGCAUCUAUUGUUCUUUUAGAUACCCAUCUUAAUCAUUGUUACCAAAAUGCUUAGAAUGUCAAGUUUUCAGGUCAGAAUAUAAAGAAAUUACAGCUCGCUCUCGGCACUCGCAUUAUCUGUGAAGUGAGAUAUGUAUCCUCCUAGUGAGUUACUACAAACAGUCCUAAACAGGUAACUUUACAGGUAACUUUACAGGUCACUAUACUAAAAAAUUUCAGCUCGCGCUUCGCGCUCGCAUUAUAAUUUUUUGGUGUGAUAUGUGUCACUUUCUCAUGAGUCAUAAUAUAUAUAUAUAUAUGGGCCUAUGUGUGUGUGUGGGUGGGUUGUGUGAUCGAGCGCCUUUGGAACGUUGAUUCGUGAUUUUGCCCCCCCCCCCCCCCCCCCCAUCUGAAAAAUUGAUCGACGCCCCUGAAUGUCGUUAAGUAGUUUCCCUGACGAUUGAAUGCAAUAAUGUGCUUAAAUACCCGAUCAAGGAUUUUCUGAAAUCAUUUUUCUUCCGUAAAUCACUAUAGGAGAAGAAAGUGUCAAUUUUUUUUGCUCCGUGUUGUGUAUUGCUGUUGCUGUUUUUUGUUGAUGUUUGCAGAAGCCGUGCAUGUGCUACUGAGUUUGCUAUUCAGAUUGCCUCAUCUUUACUUUUGAAAAGUCACCUUACAGUUGUCAGUAAAACAGGGAAAAUCAGAGGAAUGUGUCAUUUAAUUGAGCAUAUUCAUAUUUAACAAGAAAAUCAUAAUAUAAAAAAUGCAUAUGUACACGUUGAUACCAAUAAUGCAUAAAGCAUAACGCAUUUUCAUUUAUUUGGUGCAAGAUAAAGAGCAACGUAUUUAAAAUGGCUUUGAUCAAGGACGGUACGUGCCGGGAAUCGAACCUCGGACUUUCAUGGUGUACUCGGGCGCCUUCGACCACUCGGCCACGGCGCAUAACCAU